AAAAAGCAAACAGAGUUUCAUUUUACAUACAAGAGCUGUUAAAAACAAUCCUUUAUUCAAUACAUAUAAAAGGGAUUAAAUUGGUAAGAUUUAAAAAGCCGCAGUCACUUUGUACAUUGCAUUGAAGUGAAAUUACCACACCACCCACCAUACGCCGGGCCUAACAUAACAAUCACGUUUGACAACAUGGAAGCCGGCAACAAGAAGAAAAUUAGGGAAAUAAACGUUAUGGAUAUCGAAAAAAGAAGAACACCGUCUAAACAUUAUGUAUUUGUGCUAGAAAUAACUUGGAACGAUGGUACACAAAAUGUCAUUUACAGAAGAUACAGCCAUUUUUUCACCUUUCAGACUAGUCUUAUUGACGCUUUCCCAGUUGAAGGUGGAGUGAAAAACCCUGCUGACAGAGUAUUGCCAUUCUUGCCAGGAAAAGUCCUGUUCCGGAGCAACGUGCGUGAAGUGGCUCUAAAACGAAAGACUGCUUUGGAAGAAUAUUGCAAGAACCUCAUUAAAUUACCAGGCAAAAUAUUACAAUGCGAGAUCGUCACGACGUUUUUUGAGCCGACAGAGGAUGACAUCGGAAGUCUGACAAACAGCCUAACGAAAGAAGGCAGUAGAAAAAUUAAUGGCAAAAAGAAAGCUGACGUCAUUUCUGACCCUGUUGUGCUGGAGCAGUAUGUUGCAGUGUCGGAUUUCAAAAAGUGCGGCAAAGGGCAGAUAAGCCUUGUUGCUGGAGAUGUUGUUGAAGUUGUCGAGAAAAGUGACAAUGGAUGGUUUUUUGUGAGUCUUGAAGACGAGCAAGGCUGGGUUCCAUGUUCGUAUUUAGAACCAGUUGAUGGAAAUCAGGAAGAAGCCCUGGUCGAAAAGUGCUUAGUUGGUAUGCAAACUAGAUAUUAUCUCGAUAGAUUGAAUUAUUACUGUUGUUAUCAUUCAUUUUACAGAGAGAAAUUUGUUUGCGUAAAGCCCUUUAAGAAGUCUAUGGACGAUGAAAUCAAUCUGGAGCUGGGUGCGAUUGUUGGCGUCAUACAAAAAGGAAUGGACGGAUGGUGGGAAGUAAGGUAUCGCGGGGAGAAAGGUUGGGCCCCAAGAGCCCAUUUGAAAAACGCAAUGCAUCUUAACCUGGGAGCCCAGCAAUUGAAUGAAGGCAUUGUAAAAGAUCGUGAAAGUCUAAAAAUCACAGACAAGAGCGGCGUUUCAGUUCCUCCAAGACGGAAAACAGUAAAGAGAACUGUUGUAAGGCGAAUGCCAAGUGGGCCAUCUGGAGAAGAACACGAGUACGUUGCAUUGCAAGAUUACCAGUUAAAUAUUGGUGAUAAGAAAUUCAGCUUAUCGGGAGGCAAAGCAUAUCAAGUAAUCGAAAGGGCGCCAAAUGGCUGGACCUUGAUAAAGGUCGGUAGCGAGCAGGGCUGGGUGCCUUCAGAUUUGUUAAAUCGCAGAAGAAAAGAAGAAGUCGUUUUCUCAGAAGAUGAUAUCUAUCAAAAUGUGAGGAAAUUAAGUCCAGCCAGGGAAGUGGAGGAGAAUGGAAGGGAGCAGAAUAAUAAUAAUCCGAUAGUGCCAUCUGAUAUUGAACAUUACGUCACUAUAGGCUCUUAUGAAAAUUCUGACGAUACAGGGAUCAGUUUCAAAGAGGGCGUAACCGUUCAGAUUUUGGAAAAGAACACAACAGGCUGGUGGUUUAUUAAGAUAGGAGCUGAAGAGGGAUGGGCACCAUCAACCUAUUUACAGAAAGUGAAGAAAGUUCCUGUUAAAAAGUCAAUACCAAGCGUAGGUGGAAGCACAACGGAAGUCCUAGAAAUCUCUUUAGCUCCACCGAAACCAGACAGAAAAAGUUGGAUAGCACAAUCAUAUGAGAAUGUUGAUCUAGCUAAACAAGAUGUAAGUCAAUCUCCUAGCCAAGCGAGGAUUUCCCCUGUACCCAAACCGAGGUCUGCCUCAAAGACUGGCGCGGAUGAAAAAGGAAGUCCAGUGUCGGUACAAGAGCUUCGAGCCGCUUUUGCCGGGAAAAACUUAGGAGGCCCGAUUUCUCAAAGACACUCAGUUGACGAGAAACCAACAGGUCAUUCUGCCGCUGUUAAACCAAAUUUACGAAAGAUAUCUGAGCCCCAUAGACAACCCAGCCCGUCUCCUGUAAAUGUUGGCGGCAAAGUAUCUCCUUUCGUACCGAACCGGCCGCCGACGCCAAGAAGUGGGAAAAGCCCGACACCACCAGAAAGACCGAGAACAUCACCAAACCGUGCAAGUCCUGGCCCUCCACGUCCUAGCUCGCCCCCUAAAGAUGUGUAUAUUACAUUGUCAGAAUAUAGGGACAAAGAUGAAGGAAUGCUAAGUUUUGGAGCCGGCGAGAAUAUCAAAAUUCUACAAAAGGACGAUGGAGGAUGGUGGCUGGGUAUGAUCGGAGUGAAAAAAGGUUGGGUUCCGUCAAAUUUUCUAAAGAAGUUGUCAUAAUGUAUGUGGUUAAUGAUGCACCUUUAGAGUAGUGCAACAAGCAUGGAAAAAAUGUAACAGCUUAUGUGCUAAAAUUUGUAUAUUCUUGGCUUUAAAUGAGAUUGGAAGCUUUGCUAUGGAAGAUAAUAAUGUUUAAUGGCUGUUCGGUAGAACCAUGACGAAUUGGGCGUUUUUUGCACAACUAUUUGCUUUCUUCAGCUUUAAAGUGUUCAUCAUAGCUGUGCUUUUGCUCACAAAUAUAGUGCAAUUCAUUGUGAUCAAAAAGUGCAACUUUGAUAUCAAGUAAAAAUUAAGUGUGUUUAUGCUUUGAGAUGGUGUCUUUCGAUACCUUCCACAUGAUACAGUUACCCCGUUUCAAUAUAUUUAGUACAGUGGUUAAUCAAAAAUUGACACUAGAAAUUUCAACAUAUAUUUCCAUAUAACAGUUUUCAGUGCAGAAAACUCUUAGAAGCUGGUAGGGUCAUUUUAACCAAGAGAUAUUUUUGAAACAUGAGCCCCAUUCAUGGUUUUAAUUUCUACAGAACAGUUGAACUCAAUGAAAUUGACCAAAAUGAUACCUAGCUUUUUCGAAGUCGUGAAUAUUUAUUCAGCAUAUAUUUGAUAACUGCAUGUGAUUGGCAACUGGAAACAGUGUAGUACAUCAAUUUUUUCAGAAUGAAGAAAUUUCUUCCGUUAGUACAUUUUUUACUUUAACGUAAUCGUUACUUUUACUUCUGCUCCUCUUUAACAUCUUUGUGCCUAUUUUAGGAUUUAAACCGUAAAGAAAAUCAAGCCCGUCCGAUUUUUUACUCUCGUAUUUAACAUACUUUCGAUGUAUUGUUAGCCUUCUUUAAUAUCAAUAUGUUUGAUAAGUUUUAAACAAUAUAGACUGCCGUCUUUGCAUAAGGCAUUGGUAAUGUUCUAUUCGAGAAACAAUGUUGUAAUAAUAAAUGAAAACUGUGAUAUAAUUCUUUAUAAUUGGGACACUUUGCUCAAUCUAAUUUUUUAAAUGCACGUUGUCAUAUAUCUUGUAAGAUUGUAUUUUUGUAGGGUAAUUUUUUUAUGUACUUGUAGUUGAGUUACGUUGGUAGUAAGUGUUAUAAACAUUGCGCUUUUG